AUGGCACCCGACGAAGCACAGCCGCACAAACGAAAGAGUGGUGAAGCGAAUGAUGAACGAGAGCUUGAUCGUGCUCAUGACUCUCGGCACCUGGAUCGGAACCGAAAUCGUUCAGUUUCUGAUCCUGACGAUGAUAUUCCGUUAAAGAUUCUAAAGUACACGGGCGAAUCGCGUCCAACACUCGUUCAACAAGACCGUCGACACAGUAGUACUGCCAUGCCUGCGCCCAGCAAAGUUUUCCCGAAGCUACUUUCGCAACCUCGCCCCAGCCAACGAUCAACCUCCUCAGGCUUGAAAUGUGCUGGCUGCGGUUCAUCAUCUCACCGACUCAACAUCUGCAUGAAAGCCAGUGAACAUGGCCUGAUGACGGGCUCCAUGCAGCUUGAAGUCAUCCAGAUGCGCGCCAGCAUGCCCUCUUUCCAGCCAACUCAGGAAUGGGUAGACGUAGUUCGCGCUGCUGUCGCCAACGGUCAUAGCCCUCCCAGCAGCUUCCCUUGGACCAUUCAGUUCGCAAAGACCCUGCACAACAGUUUGUCGCAUUACCAGCGAGGUCUCGACAGAGUUGGUUUCAACAACCGCAAAGGACUACCUAUUGAUCCAGACACCAAGGACUGGGAGAGUGUUCAGCGAAAAUUUGCGCCCUUUGAGGGAUACUGA